CAGCCGGGAGUCGCAGCCGCCGCCGCCGCCACCCUCGCUCUCCCUGCGCCGCUGCCACCACCGCCGCCGCCGCCACUGCCAUCGUCACCGCCACUGGCUGAGUGCAUCCCCGAGGAGAUACCAGCUAUCAUGUCCAUAGAGAAGGUCUGGGCUCGGGAGAUCCUGGACUCCCGUGGGAAUCCCACAGUGGAGGUGGAUCUCUACACUGGCAAAGGUCUUUUCCGGGCUGCGGUACCCAGUGGAGCCUCUACUGGUAUCUAUGAGGCCCUGGAGCUAAGGGAUGGGGACAAACAGCGUUACUUAGGCAAAGGUGUCCUGAAGGCAGUGGACCACAUCAACACCACCAUUGCGCCAGCCCUCAUCAGCUCAGGUCUCUCUGUAGUGGAGCAGGAGAAACUCGACAACCUGAUGUUGGAGUUGGAUGGGACUGAGAACAAAUCCAAGUUUGGGGCCAAUGCCAUCCUGGGUGUGUCCCUGGCUGUGUGUAAGGCAGGGGCGGCAGAGCGGGAAUUGCCCCUGUAUCGCCACAUAGCUCAGCUGGCCGGGAACUCAGACCUCAUCCUGCCUGUACCGGCCUUCAACGUCAUCAAUGGUGGCUCUCAUGCUGGGAACAAGCUGGCCAUGCAGGAGUUUAUGAUCCUUCCAGUGGGUGCUGAGAGCUUUCGGGAUGCCAUGCGACUUGGGGCAGAGGUCUACCACACGCUCAAGGGGGUCAUCAAGGACAAGUAUGGCAAGGAUGCCACCAAUGUGGGAGAUGAAGGUGGCUUUGCCCCCAAUAUCCUGGAGAACAGUGAAGCCUUGGAACUGGUGAAGGAAGCCAUUGACAAGGCUGGCUACACAGAAAAGAUUGUCAUUGGGAUGGAUGUCGCUGCCUCGGAGUUUUAUCGUGAUGGCAAAUAUGACUUGGACUUCAAGUCUCCUGCUGAUCCUUCCCGAUACAUCACUGGGGACCAGCUGGGGGCCCUCUAUCAGGACUUUGUCAGGGACUAUCCUGUGGUCUCCAUUGAGGACCCCUUUGACCAGGAUGAUUGGGCUGCCUGGUCGAAGUUUACAGCCAAUGUAGGGAUCCAGAUUGUAGGUGAUGAUCUGACUGUGACCAACCCAAAGCGUAUUGAACGGGCAGUGGAGGAGAAGGCCUGCAACUGUCUGCUGCUCAAGGUCAACCAGAUCGGUUCAGUCACUGAAGCCAUCCAAGCGUGCAAGCUGGCCCAGGAGAACGGCUGGGGGGUCAUGGUGAGCCAUCGCUCAGGAGAGACCGAAGACACAUUCAUUGCUGACCUAGUGGUGGGGCUGUGCACAGGCCAGAUCAAGACUGGUGCCCCAUGCCGCUCUGAGCGUCUGGCAAAGUACAACCAGCUUAUGAGAAUUGAAGAAGAGCUGGGGGAUGAAGCUCGCUUCGCUGGACAUAAUUUCCGCAAUCCCAGUGUGCUGUGAUCUCUCCACUUGCCUGGAGACUUGGAACCCCUCUCCUGUCCUCCUUGGACCUUUUUCUUCCUGUCCUGCUCUAUGACCUUUCACCCCGAUGCCCCGGCUGAGCUGCUGCGCUGUUCCUUGGCUUAUCCUGGCCCUGCUGCCUCUGCUUUCCACCCUCUGGGUCCCACACUCUCCACUUCUACCUUUCUAGUCUCUUUCCUCAAAAACUGGCCAUGGGACUGAGGGUUAUAAGGGGUGCAUGGAAGAACCAUCAUAGUCUGCGAUGGGAGCCUCAGGGUUGGUUGCUGAGGUGUUUAGAGAGGGUCCACGUGGCGCUUGUGCUUUGGGCUGGUUCUGUGUUUUCCAUGUUGCCCACCAGCCAGGGAGUGCAUGGUGCUGGGGUGGAGGGGAGUGGUGGCUGCGUGAUCAUGCCUGGUUUACAACUUCAGUGUAUUAUUUACUCAUUUAUUUUUCACUCAUCCUGUUACUUAAGCAUUUCCCCAUUAAGUCCAGGGCCCAAAACUGGCCUGACUGGAGGGGACUGUGUGUCUGUAUCUCCUGUGGCUGUAGAUUCUGAGAUUAUCUGGGUGGGAGGUCUCUCUGGAAAUGAGAAGGGUAACAACGGGCCCUUGCUGGCAGUUUCUUUGUGUGUACGAACCCGUAACCGAAGCCUGGUUCCAUCCAGCAGUGGGCUGCGCAUCUGGGGUCUCUUCCCAGUAACUCUCUCCCCAGCCCCAGCUUGCCUGGUCUCCCCCCAACCCCCCAGGGCCAUGUUCCACAGUCCUCACCACCUCUGUGGUGCUGAAAUGAGCACCACCAUUAAAGUCUGAGUCACAGUG